AUGUCUUAUCUGGUCAGCGACUUUCUCAUCAAUCCUGUUCUCCGACAAGCUCGCCGUUUCUCCGAAGUCUCGCGAUCGACUAUCUUUGGCAGCGGCGAUGAAGCCCCAGGCCCGCAGCCAGAGGCUGUAAUCGAUAACAACGAAUCGGACGUCCAUAUCAGCAAUGCAACACCAGCCCUCAUCGCUCCCAUAGCGUGCCCCGACCUCGACAAUUCAACAUCCUCAGGCCCCAUGUCGGCGCUGGGCGCUUUGGGACGGUCCGAUGAAGUGUUGGCCAGCCCAAUGGCGGCCACUGUAGACGACGGCAGUCCUCGCGACCAUCUCGGAUUCCCCCUCUUACCCAACAGAAGGCGAGGCAGCAAGAUACCAGAGGACGACGGAAUGGCAGAAAUGCGAAGGCGCAUACAGGAGAUUUAUGCCCGAGAUGUGUCACCAGAGGAGAAGGCCAGGCUCAUGCACAACUUACAUCUCGAACGAUACAAUGCGUCCAGGGCAGUGCCCAACCUCCAACACAUAGCGAUCGGUUCGACAGGCCCCGUCGGCCAAAUGAAGGAGGAACUCAGACCGCAAGGUGCUCUCGACUCCUUGAUGUUUUGGUCGUCGACGGGCGACAACGACACCGAAGAGUUUCAUCUCACUGAGAGUGAUCUCAUGCCCUCGUGGGCACCGUCUCGGCCAUUCAAGAAUCAGUCGGGACUAGCUUCGGGGCAGAUCACACCCGGUGCUCCUGCAGAGGCAAUGUCCGAAAUCACCCAGCCGCAGCUGGGAUGUCAACAUUACGAACGGAAUGUGAAGCUACAGUGCAACACGUGCCGCAAGUGGUAUCCCUGUCGCUUUUGUCAUGACGAAGAAAUGGGACACGAUCACAAAUUGCCGCGCUUCGAGACGAAAUACAUGCUAUGUAUGCUCUGCAAAACGCCGCAAAGGGCGUCAGAAGCAUGUGUCGCUUGCCAAGAACCGUCGGCGUACUACUACUGUGGCAUCUGCAAGCUGUGGGAGAACCGUCAAGAUAAACCCAUUUAUCACUGCUACGAUUGUGGCAUUUGUCGGAAAGGGCACGGCAUCGGGAAGGACUUUUUCCACUGCCUCACGUGCUGCGCGUGUAUACCGACGAAUAUUGAGACGACGCACAAGUGCAUCGAACGCUCUACGGACUGUGACUGCCCCAUCUGCGGUGAAUACCUAUUCACGUCGCCCCGACCGGUCGUGUUCAUGGUUUGCGGUCACAGUAUACACAAGAAAUGCUACGACCAACACAUGUCGGUCUCGUACAAGUGUCCGAUCUGCAACAAGAGUUUGGCGAACAUGGAAACACAGUUCCGCAAUCUGGACAUUGCCAUCCAAAGUCAGCCAAUGCCUGCUGAAUUUCGUGACACAAGGGCGAUUGUGCUCUGCAAUGACUGCUCCGGCCGGAGUAUGGUUCCCUAUCAUUGGCUCGGUACCAAAUGCGGGACCUGCCAAUCAUACAAUACUUUCCAGCUUCAGAUCCUGGGUAGCAACAGUCAAGAGCUGCAAGCUGCUUUGGUGGAGGGGACAAACGCUCAACCAGAACAGUCUGGAUUCCAAGGCCAAGGAGCGGAAGCAACAGAGCCCGUCAUUCCAGCCAAUCGCAGAAGGCACUCGUCACAAGGCAUCGAAAUGCAACGGCGAGUGUCUGAAGCAAUCGUAGGGUCGUAUCCACCGCCGAACAUGCGUGUUGGAACGAGUCUGGAGAACAUUGACUCGGAUCCCGACGAACCCAACAACGGCAUCUUUGGGUUCUGGGGGCGCGGCUCGGCAGACGACGACGAUGAGUACAUGUUCGAAGACGAGAGCGACGAAGAGUCAGCGGACGAUGAAGAAGAUGACGACGACGAUGCCAACGAGAUUCUACUCAUCGGUCACAGGUAG